AUGUGUCCAGGUCAGGAGCAGGAGGACAGAUUGCGUGAAGUGAAUCUCUCUACCCAGAGGCUGCGUGUGCUCCCUCUCACAGUCCUGAGCAAUUCCACACUGGAGAGCCUUGACCUUGACAGGAACAAGCUCAGGAGGAUCACUGGCAUUUCUAAGCUUUGCAACCUCAAGAGUCUGAUACUGUCCAAGAAUGAGUUUGUGGACUUUCCCAGUGAAAUCCAGAGCCUGGUCUGUUUGGAGAGGCUUGAGCUGAAUCAGAACCAAAUCCGGAUCAUCCCAGAGGGGGUUUUCUCCCAUCUCUCCAGGCUUAAGCACCUGCGGCUGAACAACAACCGUCUGUGUGCCCUCCCCAGGGACCUGGCAGCUUGUGGAGGCAGCCUCCAGUACCUCAACAUCUCCAACAACCUGUUCCGCACCUUCCCGCAGCCCGUCCUGCAGCUGGCACGCUUACAGGAGUUCCAUGUGCAGAAUAACGCCCUUCGCCAGCUCCCCAGAGAGCUCUUCCAGGGGCAAUCCCUGAAAAUGUUUAAGGCCAGUGGGAACCCCCUCCGGGAGCCACCCACUGAAGUGUGUGCUGGUGGCAUUCAGCAGAUCCGGAAUUACUUCGACCAACUUCAGCAUGGUUUGGGGCAGGAGGACAAGAGGGUCAAGACCAUGUUCUUGGGGGCCUCGCUGGCAGGGAAGUCCACCAUCUGCAGAAGCCUGAAGCAAGGGCAAUCCAAACUGGUGCCCAAGGAAGAGCGAACGGUUGGAAUAGAGAUCAGUGAGUUCCAGAUGGAGGACUUCACUUUUCUCUUCUGGGACUUUGCUGGCCAGCUGGAAUACUACAUGACUCACCAUGUGUUCAUCACCCCACAAGCUCUCGUCAUCCUCGUCGUCAAUCUUCACAUGUACCAAACUAACGACAAAAUUUUCAAGGAGCUUGUUGGUUUCUGGAUCAACAACCUGUCCAUGCGAGUCCCAAACUCAGUGGUGCUUCCUGUGGGAACUCACGUAGACUGCUGCCAGGAGCAGGAGGUAGCAGAGAAGACAUGUGACAUCAUGGCCAGGAUCACAGCCAUGCUGGCAGAGAGAAAAAGCACCCUUGCUCACUUCAUCGACAACCUGGAGGGCAGUGAGGAACCCAAGUUUUAUGUGGACCAGUGGGAGAGGCUGAAAGAGAUGGAGAGCUGCACGUUAACCAUCUUAAACUUAGUUGCUGUCAACUGCACAGAUCACCGUGACAUCAGAAAGCUCAAGGCCAUUAUUUUGAAGCACGUGAAGAAUGAGGAGCUGUUCCCUGAGGUUGUCCGAGUGCUGCCGCCUGUCUACAGGCAGGUGGAAGCUGCCAUCGUGGAUAUUGCGCAGAGCGAGGAGAUGGCAGAGCAUGGCAUGAUGGACCUCCAGUACCUACUCAGCAAACUCUCCCAGUGCGAGCACCUGGCCAGCCUGGACAGAGAGCUCCUCCAGGACAUCUUGCGGUACCUCCACCGCAUCGGGCUCGUCGUGUGGUAUGAAGAAAUCAAGCACUUGGAAAACACCGUCUUCCUCCAGCCUACAUUUUUAAUAACGAUGUUCAAGCUCCUGGUGCGGCACCAACUCGUCCAGCAGCUCGAGAGCAUUUCUGUGGAGACACUGAUUGGAGAACAUGCCACCAUCAGAGACAGGGCCAACUGGGUGUGGACCUUCAAGUCAAAGGCAAUGCUGUGCCACCAGGCUGUGCGUGCCUUGGUGAAGCACCAGCUCUGUUCGGAAGGGAGGUGGGAUGUCUUUGAGGAAAUCAUGGGACACAAGCCUCACAGAGGGAGAGGGAAACUCUUCAGCCUCCUGGAGCACUUUGAGCUCUGCCUGGAGGUGAAGCACACUGAAGCACUCAACCCACAGGCCAGGGAGUUUGUGCCUGGGAAGCCGUGGGAGACAACACGGAGCCAAGGCGUGUCCUGGUACUUGUUCCCAACCUAUCUGAACCAGACAGAGGAAGUGUCUGGGUUCUGGGGAGGAGAUCACCCUGAGGACCUCCACAUCCGAGCUUACUUCUCACCCGAAAUACCUGAGGGCUUCUUCCAGAGGUUGCUGGUGAAAGCUUGCUCCUUCUAUUCCACGCACUGGGUGGCCAAGGUGACCUGCCUGCUUGUAUGCAAUGGCAAACCCCUGCUGAUCAAAGAGAAUAACCAGAGGGCCUACAGCUACCUGGAGCUCCGCAGCAGAAAGCCAUCAGAAAGGACAGGGUUCCAGUUUGCCUGGGACUUCCUUGUGGCAGUUGUGCUCAUCAUCCAGAAGCUCGCUGAGGAGUGGCCGGGGCUGCAUGUGUGUGUGAAGGCUCCCUGCCGAACGUCCGGCUGUCCCGCAGAGUUCCUCUGGCCAGACAUGGAUGGCACAGGUGCCACGACAAAGGAAGACGUUAAAACUUGCGGGACGUGUGGGCAUUGUUUUGGUGCAGAGCUGCUCCUGCCCAAAGUACCCAGGCCACUGGAGGAGCCCCCAGCACAGCCCUCUGCUCACUAUUACGUGACAAGCUACGGGACCACCACCUUUGGGCCCAGCAGCAUCCAGGUCACUCGGCAGGUAAGGACACUGCUUCCUCCCCUUGCCCAGGGACCAACAGUGAUGGUCAGGCUCCUGAAAGGAGGGGGUGCAGUUGCUUGCAGCCUGGGGAGGGCACACCCCAUCUUCAGUCAGCCCUCUGGUCUCCACACUCCUCCCUGA